GUGGUCAGGCAGGUGGACAACGGGCCGAUCAUCGCCACCACCCUGUACAAGCUUACUCAUGACGCAGUGCACAGGGUGUGGACCGACAACGGGUCCCUGAGUAAGGUGCACGCGUUCAAAAACUACAAGUGCGCCGCUCACAACCGCUUUUUUGGAGUCGACCUCUUCAAGGAGGGGCCAGUGGUCAACAGGUACCACAUGCGGCUGAGCCCCUUCCAGCGGCGCAGCCCCGAAAUCGAGGCCGCUUUCUUUGCCGCAUGCGGCUAG